AUGGACAAAGCUGCCCGGGUUGUCAGAAGGAGUGGUGUGAAGCUGAUGUCCCUUGGGGGCGGACAUACUGACCUUCAUGUACUUCUGUCAGAGGUCAAGGACAUGCGCAACACUGCAAGAGCUUUCAUGAAUGCACAGAAUGCAGUUUCCCAGGACUUCCUGAAGUGGGCAGUUAAUGAGGAGAACAGGGCCCUGCAAGAUGUAGCCAAUCAGUUAGCAGAGUUGAAUCUUCUGUGGACGGAGGUUCAGCGGGAAUUUGGUGAGCACUUGAAGGAUUACCGACAUAUGUUUGAGAUGAUUCUGGAAGGGGAGAGGCACGUGGCACAAUCCCGAAAUAAUUUUAUGGCAUGUGAGCAGAGAGAGAUGAAAGUUCGCAAAGAGCUGAAGAAAGCCUUCAAG